AUGCGGAUAGGUAAGAGGAGUCUGUUAUGAUCGGGUUAUCGGGUUCAGAGGUGCGAGAGGAGAGUGCUUGGUCCUUGACAAAGCGCUCUCAACUCCGGGGAACGUCUUGUAGAUUUAUGAGUGGUCUUGAGCUAUUCUGUCUGAUCCGCCUGCAGGCAUUUAGGCUUGAAUCGAACUCUCGGAUAUCUAUUUUGUGUUAUUAACGUGCUGUUAUAAUGGAGUCGUCCCAUUAUUCCAUGUCGACCUUAACCUUCCCCUCUUUCGAUGACAAUCUCUCCUAUUACAAUUCGGUGUUAGACCAAGAUAGUCUGGACCGGGAGGAGGCCAUGAGUCAGUUAAGCGAUAUUAAAUAUAAGCCCCGGCAUCGGGCUUCCAAACGGGUCGCCAAGGAUAUGCAAAUUCUCAGAGGCAAGUUCCAAGGUUCCGUAGGUAUCUGUGAUAAAGGAUAGGUUAAUUCAAAAGCCCAAAGUCAUCCAAAGCUUUCAAAAUUAUUAAGAUGUAUUAUCAUCUAAAGUAUUGUUUUAGUCCAAGAAGAGAAGGCCAUGCAAUCAGCCCCUUCAGCGCCCAUAGAUGCCACCAAAUUUGUCGCUUAUGUAACAGAACGGCGGAAGAAGAGAAUAUUAUUCAGAGGAGAGUAUUUGGUACGGCCCCCGCAUUAUUUUUACCCUUCUUUAGAUGAUACUACGGUCCAUUGAUCCGACAAAGUGCACGACUGAAAUUGGAUCUAGAAUGGGGGAAAGGAAUCAGUACAGUGACACUCUACCGUAUGACAAUACUCGGGUUGUAUUAUCUAUCAUUGACGACGACCCCGAUUCGCAUUACAUUAAUGCGAGUUAUGUUCAUGUGAGUUUAUAGUUGUUUUGGGCUUUCUGUUAUGUUGCAAAAAUUAAUUUUUCUUGUUUUGUAUUUUAGAGCUGGCUCCGUGAGAAAGCUUAUAUCGUGACACAAGCUGUAAAAACAAAGAAUGCAAGUAAUGAUUUCUGGAGAAUGGUCUGGGAACAACGGUCAAUUGGGAUCGUUAUGUUAACCAAGGUUUUCGAUUUCAUGAGAGUACGUGGGUUACUGUCAUUUCACAGAUGAUUUUAGGUAAUGUGUGUAAAAUAUUGGCCUCUUAAUCGAUUUCAAUUCCGACAUAUCGAAGUAGAGAUGUUAGAAACCAAGACUUAUGCUCAUUUUGUAAGUUGCGUUCUAACGUGUUCACAAUUAAAGUAAUAUAUAUGUCAUUGGUCCUAUUUUUAUUUUACAAUUUCAGGUGAUUCGAACCUUUCGAUUACGGAAUCUAGAGGAUCCCGAUACGAGUAAUACAAGGAUUGUGAAGCACUUUCACUUUACAGAAUGGGAACUCAAUUCUUUCCCUUACGUCAGCGCUUUCAUCGAGUUAAGAAGACGAGUCCGGCAGUGGAUGGAUGCCAAUCCCACAGAUGCCCCUUUAAUUGUACAUUGCAGGUAA